GCCCAGCCUGACUCCUCCCACACACAUGAGCGGUCACAUGGCCAUGACAUCAUCACAGGUCCUUCAGCCUCCAGGAUGUAACAUCUUGCUCCUGGUUAUUGUGGGACUUGUAGUUCUUUAUACACCUGUACACAAUGCACACAGGGGCUUUAUAGAGGGGACAGGACGCCCCCCGAAUAUAUCCUGAAGAGAAGGAAAACUCCAGCGCCGUAUAUAUAGGAUCUAUAGAGGAAUGUCACCGACCACCGAGAGGAUCCUAGAGCUCAGCCUGGAGAUCAUCUACCUGCUGACCGGAGAGGAUUACACAGUAGUGAAGAAGACAUCUGGAGAGUGUGUGGCCCCCAGCAGGUCAGGAGGAUGGAGCAGGGCCCGGGGCCCCAUCACGGAGCCUCCACCUCCCUCACUGAUACCUGAGAGGAACAAUGAGCAGAAGAUCCUAGAACUCACCCACAAGAUGAUGGAGCUGCUGACUGGAGAGGUUCCUAUAAGGUGUCAGGAUGUCACUGUCUAUUUCUCCAUGGAGGAGUGGGAGUAUAUAGAAGGACACAAGGAUCUGUACCAGGACAUAGUCAUGAUGGAGGACCACCGGCCCCGAACAUCACCACCGGAUGGAUCCAGGAAGAGGAAACCACCAGAGAGAUGUCCUGCUCCUCUGGAUUCCCAGAACUGUCCGAGAGGAGAUGACAAUGUCCUACAGGAUGAUCAGGAUGAAAAUCUCCCAGACCUGAAAAUCAAAGUUGUUCAGGAAGAAGAAGAAAUGGAUGUGAGGAGGGAUCGGGCGUGUAAGGAAGAGGACAUUCCUACUGAUAUUAGUCCAAAUGGCCACGGCAAAGGCUUUGGAGGAGACCGGAACAAUGCGUCACAUGAUUAUCCAAGAGAAAAUCAGAGUCUCUGUUCAGGAUGUGGGAAAUGGUUUACGCACAAAUUAGAUCAAAAAGCUCACAUGGAAGAGAUCCAGCUUCAAUGUUCAGAAUGUAGGAAAUGUUCUACCAAGAAGUCAGUAUCUACUGAACUUCAGAAAAUUCAUAUAGUAGAGAAGCCAUUUUCAUGUUCAGUGUGUGGGAAAUGUUUUACCAAGAAAUCAAAUCUAGUACAACAUCAGAAGAUCCACAUGGGGGAGAAGCCAUUUUCAUGUUCUCAAUGUGGGAAACGUUUCACCAAGAAUUCAAAUCUAAAUCAACAUAAGAAAAUUCACAAAGGGGAAAAGCCACAUUCAUGUUCCGAAUGUGGGAAAUGUUUCACUAGCAAAUCAACUCUAGUGCUCCAUCAGAAAAUCCACACAGGAGAGAAGCUGUUUUCAUGUUCCGAAUGUGGGAGAAGUUUUAUCCAGAAAUCAAAGCUAAUACUACAUCAAAAAAUUCACACAGGAGAGAAGCCAUUUUCCUGUUCUGAAUGUGGGAAACGUUUCAUUAAAAAAAACAGUCUGGUUGAGCAUCAUAAGAUUCACACAGGGGUGAAGCCAUUUUCAUGUCAGGAAUGUGGAAAAUCUUUUACACAAAAACCUUACCUUGUCAAACAUUAUAGAAUUCACACGGGGGAGAAGCCGUUUUCAUGUUUGGAAUGUGGGAAACGUUUCACUCAGAAAUCAGAUCUUACAGUUCAUCAGAGAAUCCACACAGGGGAGAGACCGUAUUCAUGUUCAGAGUGUGGAAAAUGUUUUAGCAUUAAAGUACGUCUUGUUGCACAUCAGAGAAUUCACAGAGGCGAGAGGCCUUUUUCAUGUAAAGAAUGUGAGAAAUCUUACGCCUAUCAAUCGUUUUUUUGUGAACAUCAGAAACUUCAUGCAGGAAAGAAGCUAUUUUUAUAUCAGUUCUGGUCAGAGAUCCUGUCAGGAGAUGAAGGUUGUUCCCGAUGUCUUACAUCUGAUUACACAGUAGUGAAGAAGACAUCUGGAGAGUGUGUGGCCCCCAGCAGGUCAGGAGGAUGGAGCAGGGCCCGGGGCCCCAUCACGGAGCCUCCACCUCCCUCACUGAUACCUGAGAGGAACAAUGAGCAGAAGAUCCUAGAACUCACCCACAAGAUGAUGGAGCUGCUGACUGGAGAGGUUCCUAUAAGGUGUCAGGAUGUCACUGUCUAUUUCUCCAUGGAGGAGUGGGAGUAUAUAGAAGGACACAAGGAUCUGUACCAGGACAUAGUCAUGAUGGAGGACCACCGGCCCCGAACAUCACCACCGGAUGGAUCCAAGAAGAGGAAUCCACCAGAGAGAUGUCCUGCUCCUCUGGAUUCCAAGGACUGUCCGGGAGGAGAGGACAAUGUCCUACAGGAUGAUCAGGAUGAAAAUCUCUUAGACCUUAAAAUUGAAGUUGUUGAAGAAGAAGAAGAAGAAGAAAUGGAUGUGAGGAGGGAUCAGGCGUGUAAGGAAGAGGACAUUCCUACUGAUAUUAGUCCAGAUGGUCACAGCAAAGACUUAGGACAAAGAUUCAUUUCAUAUAUAAACUCAGAAGGAAAAAGUUUUAAAAAGAAAUCCCAUGUAUUGCAACAUAAGAAACAUCACACAAAGGAGAAGCUGUUUUCAUGUUCUGAAUGUGGGAAAUGUUUCACCAAGAAUUCAAAUCUAAUUCAGCAUGAGAAAACUCACAAAGGAGAGAAGCCAUUUUCAUGUUUGGAAUGUGGAAAAUGUUUCACCAACAAAUCAAUUCUAGCACAACAUCAGAAAAUUCAUACAGGGGAGAAGCCUUUUUCGUGUUCUGAAUGUGGGAAAUGUUUUUUCCAGAAAGCAAAGCUAGUAGAGCAUCAGAAAAUCCACACUGGAGAGAAGCCAUUUUCAUGUUCGGAAUGUGGAAAAUGUUUCAUUAAGAAAAGUGGUCUUGCAGAGCAUCAUAAGAUUCACACAGGGGUGAAGCCAUUUUCAUGUCUUGAAUGUGGAAAAUCUUUUACCCAAAAACCUUACCUUGUCAAACAUUAUAGAAUUCACACGGGGGAGAAGCCGUUUCCAUGUUUGGAAUGUGGGAAACGUUUCACUCAGAAAUCAGAUCUUAAUGUUCAUCAGAGAAUCCACACAGGAGAGAGACCGUUUUUAUGUUUGGAAUGUGGAAAAUGUUUUACCAUGAAAUCUGCUCUUAUUACACAUCAGAGAAUUCACACAGGAGAGAAGCCGUUUUCAUGUGCAGAAUGUGGGAAAUCAUUUGCCUAUCAAUCAGGACUUAUUAUACAUCAAAAACUUCACACAGGGGAGAAGUCGUUUUUGUUUUAAGUUGUGAGAGAAGACGCUGAUAAGCACCAAAUGUGAGAAGCUUCACCCCAAAAGAUUGUUGGAACCUUUUGUGUUCCUGUUAUUUAGCAUAGAGCCGAUUUGGGGGGAAGGGGCGGAGAUUGUUCUGUCUUAAAUAAUAGGAGUUGUCUCUCCAGUUCUUGAAUUCUUCAUUUAGGGUACAAUUAAAGGAGCACUCUGUUUGUUUGGGGGUUUGUUUUGGUCUAUAUAAUGCACAUUCACCAUCACUAGUCCUACAGCGCCAUCUGUUUAAUUCUAGCACAGCUGCAUACAUGUGUUUCAUUACUGUAACUGGGUCAUGUUAUCAUCACUAUGACACAGAAAAUCAGUGCUUAAAGGGGUACUGUGCUGCCCAAGCGUUCGGAACAUUUUGUUCUGAACGCUUGGAUCGGGCGGCGGGAGUCGUGCCGUCAUGCCCCCUCCCAUAGACCUGGACGUGCAUUGAGGGGGCGUGCCAUGACAU